AUAUCUGGUUUCAGGACCAUUUCUCUUCAACUAUAUAUAGUGGAAAUGUUGUGGGUUGACAAGUACCGCCCUAAAACAUUAGACAAAGUUACUGUACACCAGGAUGUUGCUCAAAAUCUUUGUAAACUGGUCUCAGAGGGAGAUUGUCCUCAUCUCCUCUUUUACGGCCCUUCCGGUUCAGGAAAAAAAACUCUCAUUAUGGCACUUCUUAGACAGAUUUUUGGUCCAAGUGCUGACAAGGUUAAGGUUGAGAACAAGAUUUGGAAAGUUGAUGCUGGUACUCGGACAAUUGAUGUGGAGCUCACAACAUUGUCAAGUACUCACCAUGUGGAAUUAAAUCCAAGUGAUGCCGGAUUUCAGGACAGAUAUGUUGUUCAAGAGAUAAUCAAAGAAAUGGCCAAGAAUAGACCAAUUGACACGAAAGGGAAAAAGGGGUUUAAAGUUUUAGUGCUAAAUGAAGUUGACAAGCUCUCAAGAGAAGCACAACAUUCUCUUCGAAGAACAAUGGAGAAGUACAGUGCAUCAUGUCGCCUGAUUCUUUGCUCCAACAGUUCUUCAAAGGUCACUGAAGCAGUUCGCUCACGAUGCCUUAAUGUGCGAAUAAAUGCACCAAUGGAGGAAGAGAUUGUUAGUGUUUUGGAAUUUAUUGCCAAAAAGGAAGGACUUCAAUUUCCACAGGGUUUUGCAGCCCGCAUUGUGGAAAAGUCAAAUAGGAAUCUGAGGAGGGCAGUUUUGACAUUUGAGUCUUGCCGUGUUCAACAGUAUCCCUUUACAAACAACCAAACUAUACCUCCGAUGGACUGGGAGCAAUAUGUUUCAGAAAUUGCAUCAGACAUAAUGAAAGAGCAGAGCCCUAAAAGGUUAUUUGAGGUAAGAGGAAAGUUAUAUGAGCUACUAACUAAUUGUAUUCCCCCUGAAAUUAUUUUGAAGAGGCUGCUUUUCGAACUAUUAAAGAAAUUGGAUUCAGAGUUGAAGCAUGAGGUGUCCAACUGGGCUGCUCAUUAUGAGCAUAGGAUGCGCCUUGGACAGAAGGCUAUAUUUCAUCUUGAAGCAUUUGUGGCCAAAUUCAUGAGCAUCUACAAGAGUUUCCUUAUUUCAACAUUUGGCUAAGAUAGAAGAUCUGAAGUAGUAUGGAGCUGUUUGGCAGUAGGAAGAAGUUUUCUUUGUCCGUUGUGCUAAUGUCCCGUCGUGUUUUAAUUUAAUUUGGACUGUACAAUUGUGCCUAGACAUUACUGUACAAGAAUCAUACUCCAAUUUGAUCUCUAUCAGAAGGAUUUUCUACUGCUAGUAUCUUUGCAAUUGCCAUGUUGCGGUGGGUACAA